AUGGCUCUCCCCGAAAAUGCCAAAAUAGCCAAAGAGGCCAAAGAAUGCAUGCAGGAAUGCGUGAGCGAGUUCAUUUCGUUCAUCACAAGCGAAGCGUCAGAGAAGUGCCAGCAGGAAAAGCGGAAGACGGUAAAUGGCGAGGAUAUCCUCUUUGCCAUGACUUCGCUGGGCUUCGAGAACUACGCAGAAGCUCUCAAGAUCUAUUUGUCCAAGUACCGAGAGACCCAAUCUACAAGGGGCGAAAACCAGGGCCGACCAACCAGCAGCGGAGGCUAUCCGGCCGGUGUCGCUGGCUCCAAUGCCGCUUCAGGUGGUCAGUCCGAGAAUGCCAACAGCCUUCUGAGCCCGACCGAGCACGACGGAAACGCCGCGUACGGCUAUCCCAGCGACGUGACCGCUGGUCACAACGGCAUCGGUGGCGACAGUUAUUAG